AUGAAGAAGAAGAAGGGUCUCAGUGCCGGCCAAGCUAAAGCAUUGCAUGAAAAGCAAGAUGGAACCAACUACCCUACCGAAUCACCUAAGGGUGUCCUUGAAGAAAGUGAGUCUUCGUCCGUGGGUUCCGAUGCUGAACUUGAAUCCGCACUCAACAAGUUUUUCGGCGGUCCUCCUUACUGCUUGAUCCUACCUGACUGCAUUCAGCGCCAUACCGAACCUCGGACGAGCAAGAGAGUGUGUAGGGGGCGCGUUCAAUCGUUCCACCGCUCAUACCCCAUUGUCACUUGGAUGGAUGUACUUUCUGAAGCAACAACCGCAGAUCAAUUUCAACUCCAGGCAAAUGGCAUGUACUGGUGUCGUAUUAAAGGAAGGGUGGUUGAGAUAUCUGCGGAGAAUUACCACUUCAUCGCAUUGGGUUACCCGCAACGCAUGAUGCAGUCUUCACACCUGUCUGAGGUGCAGAGAGGACAAGAGACUGCUGGUGCAGUUGCAAAACAAGGCGUCAGCCCUUUCAAUGCUGUCGUGAAUGACACAGGAUCGCUCGACAACUCUGUACCCGACCCAAUGGAUAUAACCCGAAGCUCAAUCGCAUCAGAUAUCUCACAUCAAACUGAGAAAAGCACCACGGUCUCACAUCAGAGUGAGAGAGAUGUCAAAGGAACCUCGCACGUAGCCCAAGAGUUCCAAGAUGAAACAUCACGGCUUCGCCCCAACAACAGACAGUCUGAUUUUCAGUCUCGACAUAAAGAGAGUUUCUAUCACUGGACCCCCAUUUUAGUCGCAAACAACCCGGUUAGACCAGAAGAUGACCCGAUCAAAUCUGACAUCACAACCCGCGCUCGGGAUGGCAGCACAGGAAGCUCGGGUAUCCCACAACAGUCCCCAUCCGAAAUAAGUAGUUCUGGAAACAAAGACAAACAACCAGCUACUCCGGUCCGUCGCAGGAAUGUUUUCAUUCCCUGGACCCCCUCUCCAAAGAAAGAAACCCGCACCCAGGGGAGUUCAGUUGCCUCUAAUACCUCCCCGCGUGCAGGACCGGCGAUGCGGUAUUCAUCGCGCGAACUAAGGGAGGGGCCAGCAUUUAUCAAGUCGCUCAUCGAGGCAGGCGCGUCGUCGGAAGAGCAGGAGGAGCUAUACGCAUCCAAGUUUGGUAUUUCUCGUUCCCAGUUUAGACUUGUCAAGAAGUUCGACCUGAUCGAUAUGAAAGACGGCGGCUUUGAAAAGGCGGCGUUCAAGAAGGCCUGGAAACAACACAAGCCUCAGUCCACCUCAGCAAAUAUGGAAACCCGAGAAUCCAGCGUGCCAACUGUAACUUCCCAGGCAAGUGGCGAGGGUGACAGGGGCAUGGGCAAGGGGAAGAAAAGGGACCCCGGUCCUUCUGAUGCUGCAUAA